AUGGAGCUGAAGAUCAGCAUACUGCUUCUGGCGCUUCUACGCCUCGCCAGCACCCUCGAGAGCACGAAGGAGGAGGAGGACGCGGAGGAGGACGACGAGGAGAAUUAUCCCGUGGACGACUACGACUACGGCGACUACGAGACCGCGACCAUAACCAGCGAUAUCGAUCUUAUCGCCGGUGGCUCUUUGCCGAUCUUCCUGGCGGAGCCCGUCGACGCGUUCGUGGUGAAAGGGAAGCCUGCAACCCUUCAUUGCAGCGCGGCGCACGCUCUGCAGGUGUAUUUUCGCUGUAACGGUGACCGGGCUGAGCGGUCGCAGCACCAGGAUUUUGUCGACCCUCGUACCGGAACGAGGGUCGUCGAGGUCGAGUUGAACGUGACGAGGAACGAGGUCGAGGAGUACUUCGGCAGGGAGAGGUUCAAGUGCGAGUGCGUGGCAUGGUCGGGACCAGGUCAGAUUCGAGGGCAGCCCGCCACGGUUGAGGUCGCUUACCUGAAGAAGCACUUCCUGUCGCCGCCGUACUCGUUGCCCGUGGAGGCCGGCCGGAACGUCGAGCUGCGCUGCACGCCGCCGCUAGGGGUGCCACCGCCGAAGGUGUACUGGCUGAAGAAUGGCUCGCCUCUCGAGACGAUCGCCAGCUCCACGCCGGCUUCCUCCAUCGCGGACAGCAUCCCCAACGACGUGAUGUCGGGCAGCAACUUCGUGCAGACCGGCGACGGACACCUGAUACUGGGGAAGGCCGAGCUCAGGCACCAGGGGAAUUAUUCCUGCGUCGCUGAGAACAUCGCUGCGAGGCGGGUCAGUGAACCGGCCGUGCUGACGGUUUACGUGAACGGCGGGUGGUCUUCCUGGUCCGGAUGGUCGGACUGCAGCGCCCGUUGCAGCCGAGGUGUACAAAAGAGGACGCGAACCUGCACGAAUCCCGCGCCCAUGAAUGGAGGUCAAGCCUGUCCUGGUUCAGCCACGCAGAGGGUCGAGUGCAAUCCUUCCUGUCCCGCGGUCGACGGCAGAUGGUCAAGCUGGUCCUCCUGGUCCGCAUGCGGUCCCGAUUGUUCCAGAGUAAGAAGGAGAUCCUGCAACGACCCCCCGGCGAGCAAUGGUGGUCGUCCCUGUCAAGGCAAGGACGUCAUCGUCGAGUCUUGUUCCGCGGAUCGAUGUAAUGCUCUCGGACAGGACGGACCGCGAGUCUUCAAGGAAGCAACUAGAGCGAUCGAUCACAGGAACAUACUGGCCCUGUGGAUCACACUGAGCCUGGCGGCGAUCAUACUGGCGGUCACCACGAUAUUCUUCGUUCGACUGAUGCGCCGAAAGGAGAGGAUGGAGGCGCUCUACGGGGUAGCCAGGUUAGACUUCCGUCGUCCGGGUGAUCUAGCCAAGUCUGUGGUUUCGAAGAACGAUCGUUCGGUUCUUUCGGUGGAUAGGCGGUUGGAGCAGGUGAUAGACGAGUCGAACGCCGCUAGGAUGCCUAGAUCUUGCUCGGAGCACCAUUACGACGUGCCACAGCUUUCGCUGCCGUCCACCACCAGACCAUCGCCCAGUUCUUCCGUCGCCAGGUCCUCCUGCAGGAACUCCCAGCGUGGUAGAGGCUUAUCGGAUAACGAGGAGGGACGAUCAUCCCGGUCCACCUGCCAGGCGAACCAGGAGAGCAACGAGGACGACGACGAGCACGAUGACGAGGAAAGGUUCGGGGAGGACAACAGAAACCACGAGGACUCUGGUGGAUUCGUCGUGAGGGCUAUGGUCGACGAGCAAGGUGCGCUUCUGGUGGUCCCCGAGGUCGGAGUGUCGAUGUCCAUACCGGAGGGAGCCAUCCCUCGCGGAAGAAGAUACGGUUUACACUUGGCUGUUCUCGGAGACGACGCCCUGAGACCUGGUCUGCCACCUGGUCUGACGUUGCUGUCAGCGGUGGUGGCAUGCGGGCCUAAUGGAAUCGACCUGGUGAAGCCUGUGAUCCUCCAAUUCGAACACUGUGCCGAACUCAGGACUGGCAACUGGGAACUGAGCCUCUGGUCCACGGAUCUCGAUCUGGAAACUCGAUCCAACAACUCGUCCAGCUCCUCCACCAAUUCUAGCCUCACCUCCACGUCGAUGUGGAGAAAGAUUCUGACAUUGGGCGGCGAACCUAUCAAUCUCCCUGGUCAACCGUUCGCGCAACUCGAUCACUCAGGGGUGUUCCUGGUGACCGAAACUCCUAGCGUCUACGCGGUGGCUGGAGAGAAUUCCGUGGUGGCACCUGGAUUGGCGGUAAAGAGGAUCUGCGUGGCUGUGUUCUUGUCUCGCGAGAGGGAUCACAUCAGGUGUCACCUGAUGGAAGACACGAAGGCUGCCUUUAAGCUCGUGGUGGAUCAGGAACGUCGAUUAGGUGGCUCCCGGAUCGAGCACGGAGCGUUAGGCUUCAGAGCUGGUGGUUCUCAUCUUCGGAUCGACCUGGAGGAUAGAGAAAGCGGGUUCGUUGAGCGCCAGGAGGUGCCGCAUCGACGAAUCUGGUCGUCGGCGAGAACAAGCGUGAGAAGAUCCUUCAGAAUCGAGAAAACCGUCGGCGAUCUGAGGCUUAGCUUCGAGCUACGAGCCUGUCAAUGCGGUUUCGAAGAGCACGCGCUGUUCCUGAGAAUCGACCUGGAUCUGAUGAAGAGAAACGGUUCUGGCGGAAAGAGAACCACGAAGUCUGAGUCAUCCAUCGUUUUGCGUGGGAAGAAUUCGACCAGGUCGACCGAAUCGGUCGUUCCCAGACCAUUCAGAUUCUCCAAAACGCUAAGAAGACAGUUGUGUCAGUGUCUCGACCCGCCAAGCGUGCGGGGUAACGACUGGAGAAUGUUAGCACAAAGACUUCAAGUAGAUCGGUACGUUGACUAUUUCGCGACGAAAGCCAGUCCAACGGAGCACAUCCUGGACCUCUGGGAAGCGAAACACCAAGAGGGUACAGCCCUCGCGGAUCUACUUAACCAUUUAAGACUGAUGGGACGCGUGGACGCUGCCAACGUCCUCGAGAGUCGCCUAGGUCCAUGGAUCUGAGCCCCUCCGAUCGUCACUGCCCAUUAAGC